AUGGCCGCAUAUAACGAAAUUAAACCUUUUACCAUAUCUAUUCCGGAUAGCGAGCUUGAUCAGCUGCAUCAAAAGCUUGAGCUCACUAGACUACCCGACGAGCUCGAUCUUCCCCCUGGUCAAGAGUGGGACUGGGGUAUCCCCCUCGCAGUUCUCAAGCCAGUUCUCGAGUACUGGCGCAUAAAGUACGACUGGAGGGCCGUCGAAGAGCGUAUCAAUCAGUCGCUGCCACAGUUCACGACUUAUGUCGAGUCGAAGAGACACGGCGAGCAAGAAGUGCACUUUGUACACAAGAGGUCGAAAAAUCCGGGUGCGAUACCAUUGAUAUUCGUAUCCAAAAUAAUCGAGGAGCUAGUCAAUCCUAAGGAUCCCAAGCUUCCAUCAUUUCACGUCGUUGCGCCCUCACUUCCUGGCUAUGUAUUCUCCCAACGGGCGAAUACCCCGGGAAUGAACGUCAUUGGCACUGCGUAUGUCUUCGACAAGUUGAUGCAAAAGUUGGGGUAUAAGCAUUAUGUUGCACAGGGAGGAGAUUGGGGUGCGUUGGUUUGCCAGGCCUUCGCGAUUUACCAUCAAGAUACAUGUCUUGCUAUUCACACCAACUUUUCGGUCUCUUUCCCAAGGCCUUUGAAGAAUCCGAUACUAACUCUGAAGACUAUACUCGGAUUGUAUCCUAAGGACGAAAGAGAUGGACUCAAGAAAUCACAGCAGUCCGAUGCAGAAACAGGAUACCAAAAAAUUCAGGGCACCAGACCCCAGACUCUAGCUGUGGGGCUCACUGACAGUCCCGUAGGUUUACUUGCUUGGAUUGGGGAAAAGUUGUAUGCCUGGACGGACGACUACCCAUGGACCCCUGAGGAAUGGAUUACAUGGACUAUGCUCUACUGGGUUAACGGUCCUGCGGCGAGUUUGAGGUACUACAAAGAAAACUCGAUCGUUGAACCUUCUAAAGAUCCCGAGCUACAAGAAGAGCUCAGUAAGAUGCGUACCUUAUCGUCUCCAACACUGUUUGGAUUCUCGUGGUUCCCAAAGGACUUAUAUACUUUCCCAGUGGAAUGGGCUGGCAUUGGCCGGAACUACGUGUACUCUAACAAGCAUAAUAGAGGCGGACACUUUGCCGCAUGGGAAGUGCCCGAGCUCCUUGUGGGUGAUAUCCAGAGUUUUGUCACACUCGCACUUGAUAAAGAGACCCGCUUACUGAAUGCGUCAUAA